AUGAAUUUAAAUGUCUAUGUGGGAAUUGCAUUGCUUGACGUUUAUGCAAAGUCUGGUUUGAUAAAGGAUGCAAGCUGUGUGUUAGCGUCUCUGCCAGAGAGGAGUGAGGUUACUUGGAGUUCGAUGGUAGCCGGGUAUGUGCAAAAUGGGCUUUAUGAGGAGGCUUUGAUGUUCUUCCAUAGAGCUAAAAUGGUGGGGUUAUAG